ACUCACGUAACCCAUACAUCUUGUUAUACAGAAAUCAAUUAUAAACACGAUGCUGCAACAAUUAAGUCGGUUCGCUGUUGGGACGCUUGGGAAGAACUUGUUGUCGUCAUGUGGAGCGCGCAGCUGCUCACCCGUGGCCCGUUUCCAGACGGAUGCAACGGGACGGAUUCUGCCACACGGAGGGGAGCUGAAGAACUUGGUGCUGAGCGACACAAACCAGCAGAAUGACCUAAUUGCUUCUUGCAAACACCAGAAGGAGUGCAGCGACCGAAACGCGUGUGAUGUGGAGCUACUAUCUGUGGGGGCGUUCUCGCCUUUGACCGGCUUCAUGAACCACGACGUAUACUCCAACGUUGUAAAGAACAUGAGGCUGCCAGGCAGCAACCUCAUCUUCGGCCUUCCAGUCGUCAUGGAUACCAACGAGGAGGGGAUUAAGGAGGGCGAGCGGGUGCUGCUUACGUACAAGGGGCAGAACCUGGGCGUUCUGGAGGUUGAGAGCAAGUGGCAGCCCAACAAGGCCCUGGAGGUCAAGGAGUGCUACCGCACCUCCUCCCUGGAGCACCCUGGUGUGCAGAUGGUGGCCAUGGAGCGCGGCAAGUACUACCUGGGCGGCAAGCUGUGGGGCUUCGAGCUGCCCAAGAGGGUGUUCCCAUGUGCCACGCCCGAGGAGGUGCGCGCCAUGCUGCCGGCGGGCCAGGACGUGGUGGUGUUCCAGUGCCGCAACCCUGUGCACCGGGCCCACUACGAGCUCUUUACCCGGGCGCUGUACGCACCCAACGUGCGGGCGGGCGCGGUCUGCCUAGUCCACCCGACGUGCGGGCCAACGCAGGACGACGACAUUCCCGGCAUUGUGCGGUACCACACGUACGAGGUGCUCAAGGCGGAGCUGCAGAACCCCGCCAUCAAGUGGGCCUACCUGCCGUACAGCAUGCACAUGGCAGGCCCGCGCGAGGCCAUCCAGCACAUGCUCAUCCGUAAGAACUACGGGUGUACGCACUUCAUCGUGGGCAGGGACAUGGCAGGCUCCAAGAGCUGCCUCUCAGGCGAGGACUUCUACGGCAUGUACGACGCUCAAGACUUUGCCAAGCAGCACGCGCCCGAGCUGGGCAUGCAGACGGUCCCCAGCGCUGACGUGGUGUACACCGAGGAGCGCGGCUACGUGACUGUUGACAUUGCCAAGAAGGAGGGCCUCCAUGUGCGCAAGCUGAGUGGCACCAAGUUCCGGCAAAUGCUGCGCGCCGGCGAGGACAUCCCCGAAUGGUUCGCCUUCAAGUCCGUCGUCCGAGUGCUCCGAGAGCACGCGCAGGUGCCCCACUAAAUGUCGUUGGUUUCUGCAACCAGUUACGGCCGCCCAGCCUAACCGCCACACAGCAACGUGAUAGUCAGGAGUGCGUAGGGUUUUUGCGCAUCUGUGCGGGUCAGCUGGCGAGCUUCCUUGCCCUCGAGUCAUAUAUGGUUACGUGACGUGACAGUGCAUGGGAUAGGAUAGGAUGCGGAUAGGAGACAUGGCUGGAUUUGCAUGGAGCGCAGAGCAGGCCGUACUGAAACUCAUUACGUUAUGAAGGGGUUAUGUAGCAACAGCAAUCGCUACAGCAAUAAAUGAUGUGGUCUUCUCUCGGGAUGUGCGUCUCCUGGCGACGGGAACACUUGACAUGUGCAGGUGACAUUCCAUUCAAAUUUAUACCUGGCUUGUGCCGAGUGCGGUUUGCUUGGGGUAUGCACAGGACAGAUUCUUGCAUCAUGACCUCGUGAUUCUGGUCAAAUUAGGAUCCGUACCUGCAUAACCGGGUUUGAAGUGGUGCAAUAUGAAUUGUUAGGCUGACACGAGGAUACGUGCGUAUCCCUUUCCAUCCUGAGGCUUGUGCAGGGGGAUAAAUCUCGCCGGGUAGUGUUUCUUUGGUGUGUGCUGUAGCUGUGCGCGAUAGUGCAUAGCUGCUUAAUGUCCUUCACUUGGCGGCACGUGCUACCGGCGUUUCCUCUCCACGAAAGCCCCCCUAUCCGGGGGUUCCAAGGGCACUGAAACCCAUGUUCUGAUCACGGACCCCUUAUUUGGUGCCCAUCUCAGUGCUAUCUGUGCUGUAACAUCUCGGAAAGGA